UAUUAAACGCUGCACCGCAAAUCGCGGGGCGUGGGUUAGUUAUGUGGUUAACAUAAUUUGCAGGAUAUCGAACUUGCUUGCUAUUGUUGAGAUUCAGUUGUAAGAAUCGCUUCCUAGCAUUUCUGUGUAGUUGGAUACAUUACUUCAUUGCUUCAGUUUGGUAACAUUUGUUGAGAAUGAAAAGAAAAUCGUUAGAAAAGUCUGCCCAUGUUGUUGCAUGGAUUAACAAAGCAGAGUGGGACCAAAUUCUUGAAUAUCUGUACUCGAAGGAUUGUGCUUUACAGAAAUUUGCAUUACACAGAAUCUCGGCGUGGAAAGGCAGGUUUGGAAAUAGUACUCCUGUUGCUGUGGAAAGCACCGCAGACUUGGUGCGAUGUCAGGUACUUGAUCGUUCAGGACACCUAGAAACAGACGAUCUGGUCCUGCUCUAUGGAACAGCGCUUGUAAGGUUUGUUAAUUUAAUCACCGAACGUAAACAGAAGAAAGUAGCCACUCCUCUGAGACGUUUGGCCAAUAAGCUGAACAUUCCUGAGUGGAUUGUCAACCUCAGACAUGACAUAACUCACCGAAGGCUCCCUACCUUAAAAUGGUGCCGUAAAGGAUGUCAGUUUGUUCUGGAGUGGCUACAGCAGGAAUACUGGUCCAGGCAGCUGUGUAGCCAACUUGCUGAACACUGGGACUCCCAGUCAGAGUCUGAAGAGGAGCAGGAGGAGGAACUUGGGCAGGAAGAUGAGUUUACCGUGAGGCAAAGAAAAAGAGAAGCCCACCAAAAAGCCAGAAAAUUGCUGAUUUCCUACGAGAAAGAGCAGUUUCAGGCCUUUGAUGGACAGCACGAAGAGAACAAGUCCAAGAAUCCAUGGCUCCGUCCUUCCUCAGACCUGAACGCGAUCCUCAUUCAAGUCAAAGACUUUGCAAAGGAAUACAGCGAUGUUCUGAUAGAUGUGAUGCUGUCGGAUGGAUUUUUGGUCCCCACCAUGGAGCAGCUGGAGUCCCUGGACAUUAACUCUGCCAAUGGCGAACGCGACCCCAACACCCCCUGUGUCCCCCUGGUCUUUCUGCGGUUCUGGCUGCCAUUGCUGCGGGUGCUCUACUCCCAGGCCUUUGUCCAGGACCUGGUGGAAAAGCUGUUCUCCGAGCUCCAGCUGUCAGACGAGAUCUCCCAGCACAGAACUUCCUACAUCGCUGGAUGGAUUUCCCACAUCUUGAAUUGCGCCAGUCCGAGAAAAAGGAAUCCAAAUGAAACUAAAAGUCAGAGAAAGGAAAGGCUGAAAGACAAGAUGUUUAUGAAGCCCGUCCCACUGCCACGGCAAAAGCUUUUAACAGUCUGCCUGCAAGCGCCAUGCGUGGCCACGCCACACCUUCUCCAGCAGAUCCUGGCGGACAUGGAGCCUGCCUUGCCCCAGGUCACCCAGCAGAAACUCCACCGCCUGUGCAGCAUCUACACUCAGGGGGGCCACCCCGGCCCCUCCUCUGACCGGGGGCAGAGGGACCACCCCAUCUACACCCUGGAAAGCCUGCGCAAGAGGAUGCGGCGGGAAUCGGAACGUUCCGGCAGAGACCCGUCCCCUGGGGCGGGGCCACGCCUGCUGAAGCCCCUGCCUCCGCUCUCUUCGGAGGAAGUGACGGAGGACCUCCAGGAGAAGCUGAGCCCCAACGCGCUGGCGGAGAGGGCGGCUGCUCUCCGGGGCUCGCCCUGGCAGGUGUGCACGGACAACGUGAAGUGGAAGGACUUUGCCCUGGGGAAGGUGCCAGGGCAGUCUGAGGACCCCUCUUGCUUGAUGGUGGACAGCUACGCCAGCCUGUCGGUGCUCGACCAGCACGUGGACCUCGACAAGUCUGCUCAGCACAGUGUGUACACGUGCACCCCAGGACCUCACCGAGCUGGUUCAGAUGGCCCACUCUGGACACACAGUGACCUCAGCAAACUCAAGUCUGGCCUACAGUUGUUUUAAAUGGCAGCUUUGUUACUUGAAUGCGCAACAUUUUUAAAUGCUCAUUUUGUGUCCCGCUUGGCUAUCCAGACGUACUUUGAGACCACAUGCCUUUCAUUUGCAUUUACAGUAGUGACUACAUUGUUUAUAUUUUUGUGACAUAACAUUGUGUAAUUCAAGAGGGUUGGUUAUGUAAAAAGCAAAAACAAAAUUGAGGGUGCUUUAACAAAAAAACAAUAGCGCUGUAUUGUUGAAGCUGUUAAUUCACAAAUCCAUACAGUUGAACUGCUUCAUCCAAGAUAUUGUUGCGUAAUAAAUGUUAUUUCACAUA